AUGCCAUUGACUGUGCGCUCAGGUGUGAUUACACUACUGCAUACAGCCUGCGGAGCAGGCAUUUUGGCGAUGCCGUUCGCCUUUAAACCCUUCGGACUCGUCUUGGGGCUCACAAUGAUAACGUGGUGCGGUCUGUGUGCGUUUGCUGGGCUGCUAUUACAGUGCCGAGUGAGUCGGUACGCCCCCGAGAAAGGUGUAUCGUUUUUCGUACUGUCGUCGUUGAUCAACAGGAACCUGUCCGUUGUAUUCGAUUGUGCGAUCGCCGUCAAGUGCUUCGGUGUCGGCGUAUCCUACAUGAUCGUCGUUGGUGACUUGCUGCCACAGAUCUGGUCUGUUUGGACCUCUAAUAAGCUGUUGCUCAACAGGGAUUUCCAUAUCACUAUGGUCAUGAUCUUUAUUGUCGCGCCGCUCUGCUUCAUGAAGAAGCUGAACUCGCUGAGGUACGCCUCCAUGAUCGCCAUAUCCGCGGUCGCAUACCUCUGCGUUCUUGUCAUCUACCACUUCAUUUUCCAAGACCCGAACGACACUCAUUUCCAGGAUCUCAAGGGCCGCAUCUCAAUUGGACUGCCAAGAGACGAACCCCCAAUCCUAACGACUCUGCCUAUAUUCGUGUUCGCCUACACAUGCCACCACAACAUGUUCUCCGUCAUCAACGAGCAAGUGGACCAGAAGUUUAACGUUAUCACUAAGAUUGCCAAAUACUCCAUGUCUUUGGCGUUCUUGCUCUACAUUGUGAUCGGUUAUUCAGGGUACCUGACGUUCGGGGAUAAAAUUGUCGGGAAUAUCGUCACAUUGUACCCAAAUAACGCAUCAAGCACCAUUGGGAGAAUAGCCAUUGCCAUCCUUGUUACUCUAACUUUCCCCUUACAGUGCCACCCGGCAAGGGCGUCAAUCCACCAUAUUAUCCAUUUUUUCCAAGCCAGAUCGGCAGAGAAUGGGAACGGUAGUGCGAUGGUUUUAAACCAGAUGGAAGGAGUGUCACCAGAACUUGAAACUACCCCACUGACAGACGCGGCAAACUGCGCCGAGGUGGACACCGCUAUAGAGGAAGGUUCCCCAGAAGAACUCCAGGUAAUGCCGCUGGAGGGGAAAAGGUUCAUUUUUAUUACAUGCACCAUUCUUUUCUGUUCAUACUUGCUGGCCGUAUCUGUGACAUCUCUGGCGAAGGUUCUUGCCAUAGUUGGAGCCACCGGAUCAACCUCCAUAUCCUUCAUCUUACCUGGUAUUUUUGGGUAUAAAUUAAUUGGAUCAGAGUGUGAAACAGGUGCAGAAUUGCCAUUUCAAACUAAAAUGUUCAAGUACCUAGGACUAUGCUUGGCAGUCUGGGGACUUGUCGUGAUGGUGGCAUCGUUAACUGCGACUUUCUUCUUCAACGCAGGCCACUAG